AUGCAUUUUUCCAUAUUGUUGGUUCUCUUAACAUGGCAACUUUAUAUCAACGUUCCAGCAACAUCAGCUCUUGACGAUAAUAAUUACGAGAAAUGUGACUUUGAAAACACAGUAAAUUUAACCGAUCAACAGAAAUACGAAAACGGUUCUUAUGUGUAUCAAGGCAUUUUAAUACCAACCGAAAAACAGCAUUUAUAUGAUUAUCAUUUAAAAUUUCUAAGGGCCCGGGAAACAGUUCCCCAGCAUCUGAGAGGUUGUGUUUGUGAGGAUCGACCCUGCAUGAAAUUGUGUUGCAAAGACGAUGAGUAUUUCAAUGACACGGGGAAUACAAGUAAAUGUGAAAAAUUAACUGCUGAAAUGAAAGUUUCUUGGCAAUUGCCGAUAGAACUGAAAGGUGGAAAAACUAAAAUAGUGAAUAUAUUCAAACAUUUUACCAUUCAAGUGGGUUUACCUUCCGAAAAGAUAAAGGCCAUAGAUAAUACGGUAGAAAAAUGGAUGCUGCAAUGGAAUGGAAUUUUAUAUAUUUUGACUGAACAAACAGGUCUCGACACUUUGAACUAUUGUUAUUCACCACGCUUGCGAGACAAUUCUUCUGAAUACAUACUUUCACCAUUUAGUUUUCAAAUUGAGAAUCUGCUCACCUGGAGACUACUCUUAAAUACAUAUGCCAUGGCCAUUUCAGUAUUAUUUCUAAUACCCACCAUACUGGUGUAUUUAGUGUUAAAGGAAUUGAGAGGAAAUAUGAGUGGAAAACUCUUGAUUUGUUAUCUUUCGUCCAUGACCAUGCCCUAUGCCAUUAUUAGUUCAAUAAAUAUCUUUAAAUUACGUCUUGAUGUUUUACCAUGCAGUUUUCUGGGUUUCACUUCUUACUUUUUCUUUAUGGCGGCCUUUUUAUGGUUAAGCGUUUUAUGUUUUGACAUCUGGAGGAAUUUCAAAGAAAGCUAUGUUGAGUUGAAUUCGAAAAGGAAUCGUAAACAGUUUAUUUUGUAUUCCCUUUAUGCCUGGUUGAGUGCUGGCUUGGCAACAUUUUGCAUUAUUUAUAUACAACUAUCGCCGAAUAUAGAUGAGAUUUAUAAGCCGGGAAUUGGUGUAGAAAUGUGUUGGUUGAAUACUGAAAAAUGGUCGGCCGCAGUUUACUUUUAUGGUCCUAAUCUAGCCAUUUUACUUUUCAAUUUUGUAACCUUUGGUUAUUUAACGGCUAGAAUCUAUAAGGUGCGACGCAAUAUCGCCAGAAUUUCACACAAAGAGAAAUUCUUUCAAGAAAAUGCAAUUGUGAUUUUGCGUUUGUUCCUAAUCAUGGGCAUUUCAUGGCUUUUCGAUAUUAUAUCCUACUGUAUGCGUGAAUAUGAAGAAUGGGAUAAUUUUUUUGUCUUAUCGGAUUUUGUCAAUGCCAUUCAGGGAGUUUUAAUAUUUUCGUUGUUUGUGCUGAAACCAAAAGUUUUGAAGCUUUUGAAGAAGAGAUUUCAAAAGGACCCAGCUAACAUGCCGCAAAGUAGUGUCUGUACAGUCACCACUAAUUUUUCGAUACUACAAAGUUCAUCUUCCUUGCAAGCCGCAGUAACGCCUUAGAUUUCCCUAAUUUUUCUAGGUUUGUUAGUUUAGAAAUUUCAAAACAAGUUUAUUAAUUUUGAAAAUUCUAGAAGAACC